AAUUUACGCCCAACUCAAAACACCCCUCUCUGCCUCACCUCCGUCUUCCCCUAUUCCCCCAGGCGCCGCCGACCAGGAGGACCGAACUGGCCGGCGCAUCCCGUGCGGGCUCGUCUCGCCACGGCGGCACGGCGGCCUCGGAUAGCAGACAUCCACUGCCCGUUUCCUCGCCCUCAAACCUUCGGGAAAGCUAGGGUUUUAGCUCCCUGCUUUCGAUUUCGAUAGCGCAGGCGAACCGGAUUCGAGGUAAAAGGUCCCGCGGCGAUGGGUCGCCCCGAGCCGGUCGUGCUGUUCGCCCAAACUAUCCUCCACUCCCAGCUGGACGAGUACGUCGACGAGGUGUUAUUUUCUGAACCUGUUGUGAUUACUGCCUGCGAGUUUCUUGAGCAAAAUGCCUCUCCUUCUACACCAAACAUAUCACUUGUCGGUGCUACAUCCCCACCAUCAUUUGCUUUGGAAGUCUUUGUUCACUGCGAUGGGGAGUCCCGUUUUAGGCGCCUUUGUGUACCGUUCUUGUAUUCACAUUCUUCAUCCAAUGUGCUAGAAGUUGAGGCUAUUGUUACAAAUCAUUUAGUGCUGCGGGGUACUUAUCGCAGCCUCACUCUUGUAAUUUAUGGGAAUACCGCUGAAGACCUUGGCCAAUUCAACAUAGAACUAGAUCUGGAUCAUUCUCUUGCCAAUGUGGUUAGCUCUCCAUCAGAGGGAAAAUUUGAAGACCUUCCACCAGCACUACAUUCAUCCAAAUUUAAAUUUGAAGAAUCAUUAUCUUCACUCAAACCAUUGAGUUUUCAGUCCACAGAUUUGGACCUAUCACUUGAAGCGAAGAAAAUUCUACAUUUAGCUCUUAAAAUGUGCCAAAUACCCAUUGUGGAAAAGCUGAUUCCUGAUCUAGGAAGUGCAGUUAUCUCAGCUGUAUCAAAAUAUGUAACUACCACCAACAGAAUGCCACAUAGUUGUAAUCAAGAGAUGGCACAUGGCUCCAGCAAGAUUAAUCUUGAUCUUCAGGAAACUAACAAUAUUCACACUGAAGCUAGUGACAUGCUCCUCCAAAUUUUGAAAAAUGUCCAUUCUGCUGCUGCUGAUCAUACUCAUGUUGAUGAUAAUGGCUUUGACUUUGAACUGGAGGAGUUGCCCACGACAAAAAUCCUAUUUGAGUUGUUUAACAAAAUUUUCCCAUAUUACAGAGACUCUGUAAUUCUUGAUCUACAGUGCCCUUCCCAGAAUAGCUGGUUGAUGAUGUCUUUGAGUUUGGUUCUCCUGAUAUGCUCCUCAAAGGAGAGUUGCUUUUCUUUUGUUAACGCUGGCGGGAUGGAGCAAAUCAAUAACCUGCUUUGUUCAAAGACCCCCAAAACUGCUGCUACUACAUUGCUUCUCUUAAGUAUUGUUGAGAAUGCUACUCGACAUGUUGUUGGAUGUGAAGCUUUCUUGGGAUGGUGGCCACGAUGUGAUCAUAGCAGUAUACCCACUGGCAGCAGUAGUGGCUACUGUUCUUUAUUGAAGCUUCUAAUGGAAAAAGAAAGACAUGAUAUCGCCUCUCUUGCUACAUAUAUCUUGCAACGUUUGCGUUUUUAUGAGAUACUAUCUAGAUAUGAGUCUGCGGUGGUCAAGGUGGUUUCUGAUCUACCUUCCGAUGAACUUUCCACUGAUGGAGUUUCACUUCUUAUUUAUGCAAGUAGUGAACUUGCUGAAAUGUUGAAAUUGAUAAAUAUGUGUGGCCCUAUUGAAGAUCCUUUGCCAGUCACUGCGGCUAGGAAAAUAUCCAAGUCUGCUCACAUGGAAGAUUCACUGUCAUUCAAAGCGACAAUUGAACUUAUAACUUCUUCAAAAUACAGUUUCUUGCAGUUUCAUACUGAUUCAUAUUUGUUAUCCCUUAUCCAGGAAAGAGGUUUUUUCCCUCUGUCAGCAGCCUUAUUGUCAUCACCAAUAAUGCAUUUGGCAAGUGCUGCUGAAAUUUCGAUGGAGAUGGCAUCAUCAAUUGAAUUAAUUGUCCUAUCCCUUCUCUUUUGCCGUUCAGGGCUAUCCUUCUUGCUCAGUCAACCUGAAGCAACCGAGCUUAUAGUUCUCUCUCUUCAAGAUGAUAAAGAUAUGAAUAAAACGGAAUGCAUAACUCUGCGACAUGCAUUUGUUCUAUUGUCGAAAGGAUUCUUUUGUCGUCCACAGGAAGUUGGAAUGAUCACAGAGCUACAUCUGAAAGUGGGAAGUGCCGCCAAUAGGCUACUUGCUGUUCCUCCAAAUUCUGAUGAGCUUUUGUGGGUUCUUUGGGAACUUUGUGCUAUUUCGAGGUCUGAUUCAGGUCGCCAAGCAUUAUUAGCUCUCUGUUACUUUCCUGAGGCAAUUUCAGUUCUAUUGAGUUCCCUCUCUUCGUACACGGAUCUUGAUUCAACCGUGACUAAAACUGGAGGGUCUCCAUUGGGUCUUGCAAUCUUCCAUUCGGCUGCAGAAAUCCUUGAAGUAUUGGUUGCAGAUUCGACUGGUUCAUCGCUCAAAUCAUGGAUUGGAUUUGCUGUGGAUCUGCACAAGGCUUUGCAUUCUUCUUCUCCAGGUUCAAACAGGAAAGAUGCUCCAACAAGGUUGCUUGAAUGGAUUGAUGCUGGUGUUGUAUAUCAGAGAAAUGGGGCUGUUGGGCUUCUUCGUUAUUCUGCUAUUUUAGCUUCUGGUGAAGAUGCUCAUCUUUCUUCUGGAAAUGUGCUCGUGUCAGAAUCAAUGGAUGUUGAGAAUGUUGUUGCAGAUUCGAAUAAUACUUCAGAUGGUCAAGUCAUUGAUAAUCUUCUUGGUAAGCUUGUUGCGAACAAGUACUUCGAUGGAGUUGCUUUGUGCAGCACUUCUGUAGUUCAGUUAACGACAGCUUUCCGCAUUUUAGCAUUUAUUUCUGAAGAUACGGCCGCAGCUUCGUCCCUUUUUGAAGAAGGUGCAAUUGCUGUUAUAUACAUAGUCCUGAUGAACUGCAAGUCUAUGCUUGAACGCUUGUCCAAUAGUUAUGAUUACCUUGUUGAUGAAGGGGCUGAACUAAGUUCCACAACGGAAUUACUUUUAGACCGAACUCAUGAACAAGCCCUUGUUGAUCUCAUGACUCCCUCUCUUGUCUUGCUGAUAAACCUCCUCCAUAUAAUACAUGGAACAAAGGAACAAUAUCGCAACAAAAAACUUCUUACUGCUCUUCUGCGGUUGCACCGAGAAGUCAGCCCAAGACUAGCAGCUUGUGCCUCUGAUCUGUCUUUCAUGUUUCCUAGUUUCGCUGUCAGCUUUGGUGUUGUUUGCCAGCUUAUUACUUCAGCACUUGCUUGUUGGCCAUUGUAUAAUUGGACACCUGGUCUGUUUCAUUGCCUUCUUGAAAAUGUUGAGCCUACUAAUGCAUCAGUACCAUUAGGUCCGAAGGAUGCCUGUAGUCUGCUUUGUCUUCUGGGUGACCUUUUCCCAGAUGAAGGUGUAUGGCUGUGGACUGUUGAAGUUCCUUCGCUGAGUGCUAUUAGAUUGUUGAGUAUCGGAACGGUUCUUGGGCCUCAAGUUGAGAAACAAGUGAACUGGUACCUGCAUCCUGAACAUGUGGCCUUAUUACUUGUAAGGUUGAUGCCACAGCUUGAUAGACUCUCGCGUGUUAUUGACAACUUUGCUACAUCGGCCUUGAUGGUGAUACAAGACAUGCUUCGGAUCUUCAUUGUUCGUGUUGCCUCUGAAAAGAUUGAGUGUGCGGUGGUUCUUUUGCGGCCAAUUUUUACUUGGUUGAAUAGUAAAGUUGAUGAAACUUCCCUGUCAGAGAGAGAGGUCUUUAAGGUGCAUCAGUUACUUAAGUUCAUUGCAAAAUUGGCAGAACAUCCAAAUGGCAAGGAAUUGCUAUGGAAGAUGGGAGUUGUGAGUGUUCUUAGGAAGUUAUUACAGAACUGCAGCAACGCGUCUUAUUUGGAGGAUAAGAUGAUCUCUGAUAGAGGAGCCUACAGAAAUGACCUACUUGUGCUCAAGUGGAGGAUUCCCUUAUUCAGAUGUCUUGCAUCUAUCUUUAGUUCCCAGGCAUCUAAUGAAAGGCAGACUGCCGUUGAAGAUAGGUCCCCAAAUGGGAACACCACCGCUGAGGAGUGCUCUUCUAUCAUGCAUCAACUCUUGGUGUUAUGCCAGAUUUUAUGUCAGGUUUUGCCAGUUGGACGGGAAAUGUUAGCUUGUUCUAUGGCUUUCAAGGAAGUGGCUUCUUCCUCUAUAUGUAGAAGUGCAGUACCUUUGAUAUUCUCACAAAUCAAAACUGCUAAUCAAGAUGACAAGGAGAUUAAUGAGAGUGACACUUAUCAUGGCUCAUCAAAUACGGAUGACUGGCGUUGUUUUUCCCCUUUGUUGAAGUGCUUGAAGAGACUCUUAAAAUGUAUUGGUGCUAAUGAUCCAAUGGAUUAUUAUGUAGAAACUGUUUAUUCAUUGAUGCUUGGGGCUAUUGCCCUCAGCCAGUAUGGUGACAGUCUUGAGGGUAUCAUCGUAUUGAGGUGUCUAUUUGGAUACCGCUUUGAUGGCGGUACAUUGGAAUCCUCUGGCGAUAACUUGAAUGAGAUUACAGUUUUAUUGAAGACAUUUGAAGAGAAGAUACACCAGGGCCACGAGAAUUUCUUGAGUUCUGUUGGAAAGUCUCUUCUAAAUCAGGUGCAGAGUUACAUCACAUUGCUGUGCUCUAUUCUCAAGAAUUCUGUCCUAUCAGAAGAUUCAGUGCAGAUGGUUCUUGAAGGCACUUACAUGCCAUUUGGAGUUGUUCGCUCUGUUGUCAUGACCUCUUGUCUGAUGCCAUCCCUAGCCUCUGAGUCUGUAAAUCAUGAAUCUAUUCUCUUCUUUUCCAAUGCCUGGAAGGUUAUUGCUGAUUCAGAAGAACCUACUGAAUGCCUCGAGGAUGAAUUUUCAAAGAGGUUGGUAUGGGAGUUGCCUGAUUCUUCUCUUGAAAGACGAAUGAUUCCUGGUCAAUCUGCUAGUAGGAAACUGUCAUUAGGAGAUAACACAACUAGACGUAUAAAAGAAAAUCAAGCACCUGAACCCACUGGACAGUUUACUCGAGGCUUAAGUACAACCAAUGCAUCUACAGGUCACACACGUAGAGACACUUUCCGCCAUCGGAAACCAAACACAAGUAGACCACCUUCAAUGCAUGUCGAUGAUUAUGUUGCAAGAGAGAGGAACAUAGAUGGUGCAAGUAGUGCAUCAAAUAUUGUAAAUUCUAUUCCACGUGGAACACUGAGUGGAAGGCCUCCAUCCAUUCAUGUAGAUGAAUUUAUGGCAAGGCAGAAGGAGCGCCAAAACCCUGUGCCAGCCCCAUCCGGGGAUGCACCUCAAUUAAAAAGUCAGACAAGUUUGGAUGACAAUGUCCAUGCUAAGUCAGAGAAACCGCGACAACCCAAGGCUGAACUUGAUGAUGAUCAAGAAAUUGAUAUAAUAUUUGACGAGGAAUCAGAGUCAGAUGACAAACUUCCUUUUCCUCAACCAGAUGAUAGUCUGCAAUCACCACCUGUCAUUGUUGGGGAAAAUUCUCCUGGUCCAGUUGUUGAGGAGACAGAGAAUCAACAGAAUGAAGAAAGUCCCUUUUCUCAUAGGGGCACGCCUGUCUCAAAGGACAAUGGGAGUCUUGGUGCUGGCAUGUCUUCUCGCACUGUAAUGCUCCCAGAAGCUAUUGUUCCUUCGGAGCGGAAACUUCCACUCUCUAGCCCAGAGAAGACUGUGUUCAAUGAUCAACCUGAUGAACCUGCAUAUGUUUCUUCUGGUAGCAAACGUUCCGCAGAGGCAAUUGUGCUGCAAUCACAUCCUAAUAUCUCUCAGAAGAGAAGUGCGCAGAAGUUGUCCGAGAGUUCUCUGUCAUCUGGAUCUCAUGGACAUGAUCAUAGGCUGUCAAAAAACCAGCCACCUCUGCCACCAAUGCCACUACCAAGUUCUUCCAUGCCUGUACAAAAUGCUGAUUCAAGUCAAAGGCGUUCAUCAUCUUACGGUGUCAGGGAUGGGCCACCAUCUUUUCCUUCUAGUUAUCCUGGACAAGCUUUUGAAGCCAAUAUGCCUAGUGAUUUUGUGGGGCUUCAGGCUCAAACUGAACAUGUCUUAGCAAGCAAUGGUGGUUCAUCAUCAAAUGCUCCUAAUGCAGAUUUCAAUUUCUUGUGGAACACUUUUCCAGUGAAUAGACUCCCUAUGGAGCAUUUCAGCUCUGGUUCUUCUGCCCGACUGAUGCCACCCCUUCCUCCACCUUAUUCAGUUCCUGCAACCCAAAUUGCUGCAAUGAACUCUGGUUCUACCGCAUCACCGUAUAAUCAACGCAGUAGUGUUGUCCAGCCUUCCCCAUCUUCAUCUCUUAUGAGCGAUGCAACUUUAGGCAUGAAUUCUGCAUCUGGCGGCGCAAUCUUGUCCAAUUCAUUACCAUCAUUUGCAUCGCAAUUUCUAAUUGGCAGGCCAUCAACGUGUACUUCAUUUUUUGGAACAUCUCCUCGACAAGUUCAAUUCUCAUCUGGUCUUUCACAGAAUUUGUCCAAUCCCCAGCCUGCUGUUUCCUCAACGCAUGCACGGCCACCUCCUCCACCACCCCUACCUCAGCAGCCGCAUCCUUCCCAGACUCUCCAACAGCUUGGUUCUUUUCAAUGGCAAUACCAAGAGCAGCCUUUAUCAUAUCCACAAAGUAGUAUCCAGGCUCAGAUGCCAUUGCAGUUUCCAAACCAACUUUCUGUUCCUCAGAUGCAAUAUUACCAGAGCCAGCACGAGUCAGCACAGCAGACAUUGAGGCAAGGGGGCGAACAAUCACAACUUGCGAACCAGAGUAUACAAGCUGAUAGUUUAUCUCAGCAGCAGAGAGACUCGGAAAUCAAUCUAAACCAAUUUUUCUCAUCUCCAGAAGCUAUUCAGAGUCUACUAAGUGACCGUGAUAAGCUUUGCCAACUUUUGGAGCAGAAUCCAAAAUUGAUGCAGAUGCUUCAGGAUCGUAUUGGCCAGCUAUAGUCGCAGCAGGAGGCUUCAGUGGGAGGCGGCGCGUAUAUUUUUGGGUCUAUGGCCAUGCUGCUAGCGGAGCCUCUUGCCUUCUGCUAUAAUCUAUAGUAACUGUAGCUUUGUCAGCCAUGUGGAUUUAUGCCAUGUACAUUAUUUUCUCGCUGUAUGUAAUGUUUCGUCUCUAUACCGUGACAUAGGUUUUGAAUUUUGUCCGAGGCUCCAUCGUAUGCUAAUUCUUUUAACCUUGGGAAAAAGCAAAAGGUGCUAUUGCA